AGGUUUGGGGUAGGCAUUAUGUUAUUUUUUGUAAUUUUAUGGCAAGAUUUUGCAUCACUUCCGGCCGUCGCUGUAUCCCUUCUAUCCACAACUAUCAAACAGAUACACCAUUUUCUUUUUCUCAUAACGUCACUCCUGUGUUGUGUGACGAGGGUGCGCGUGCGCGCAGCACUGUUUACGUUAUCUAGUGUGUAUGUUGGAGUGUGCGUGUUGGUGUGUACUCUACCGUCUAAAUAUAUUGCGCACUUUGCGAAUCGACGUUGCGGAUGUCGAGAUGGCGGCAGCCGUCCCAAACCCAGAGGACGCAGGCCGAAAUAGCGGCAGUCCGAGCACGGCCAGCGCUCUAGCGGGGGACGGGGAAUCUGAAGAAGCUGAGGACUUCGCGUCCGCAACGCACUGCUCGGAGCUCUCCCGCCGGCAAAACGAGCAGCGGAAGCUCGGGCUCUUCUGCGACGUGACACUGGCGUUUAGUAGCGCAUCCAGUAGCUUCGAGUACACCGCGCACCGCUCCGUCCUGGCCGCGGCAACGGAUUACUUUACACCGCUACUCGGGGGUCAGUUUUCGGAGUCAGUGUCGCGGCGGGUGGAAAUGAAGGAAUGGAGCAACCAGGCAGGCCUCGACCAAGAAACGGUGGAGAGCGUCAUCCAGUUCAUGUACACUGGCGAAAUCCGAGUGAGCACCGCGAAUGUGCACGAGGUUUUGGAGCUAGCGGACAGGUUUUUGCUGGUGCAGUUAAAAGACUUUUGUGGAGAGUUUCUCAAGAGGAAACUUAGCCUUGGUAACUGUGUGGCCGUCCAUAGCUUGGCACACAUGUAUACUUUGGAUCAGCUGGCCUUGCGUGCUGCUGAUAUGAUACGCCGCAACUUCCACAAAGUAAUCCAAGAUGAGGAGUUUUACACUUUACCAUUCCAUCUGGUCAGGGACUGGCUCUCUGAUGCUGAAAUUACAGUGGACUCUGAAGAGGUUCUGUUUGAUGCUGUCAUCAAGUGGGUUCAGAAGAACUCAGAAGAGCGUGAGGAGUAUUUUGAGGAGCUCUUUCGUCUUCUCCGCUUACCACAGAUAAAGCCAACCUAUCUAACAAGAGUUGUAAAAAACGAGCCGUUGGUGGUGCAAAAUGCAGCCUGUCUCCAGCUUGUUUCAGAGGCUGUGGAAGGUCAUGCAAUUCGCUUUGAGAACCUUAAAUCUGCUGAUACGGAGUUCUGGGCUUCAUACAUGGCCACCUUCCAACCAAGGUUUGGCCAGAACAUGGAUGUUAUAAUGGUGGUUGGUGGUGUGUCUGAGGGAGGUGACUACCUGAGUGAGUGCGUAGGGUAUUUUGUGUAUGAGGAUCGGUGGAUUAAUUUACCACACAUUCACAACCACCUAGAUGGUCAUGCUAUUGCUACCACUGAUACACAUGUAUAUGUGGCAGGGUCCAUGGAACCAGGAUUUGCAAAGACCAUGGAACGCUACAAUCCAAAUCGCAACACCUGGGAACAGGUGAGCAACCUCACCACACGUAAGCAUUCCUUUGGCCUCACCUGCAUCAAAAAUAUUCUAUAUAGCAUUGGCGGUCAUGGCAACUUCAGCCCUGGCUUCAAAGAUGUGAGUGUUUAUGAGCCCGACCAGGAUAAGUGGCACAACCUUGAGUCGGCCCCCAAGAUUUUGAGAGAUGUCAAGGCCAUAAGUGUUGAAGAUCGAUAUGUUUAUGUUACAGCACGAACACCUGUAGAUACUGACAGCGAUGAUGGGUUGAAAACAGUUACUACUCGUUACGACACUGUCAGUCGGCAAUGGCAAGAGGUUGACUCUCUUCCACUAAUUGAUAACUACUGCUUGUUUCAAAUGGCUGUAGCAUCCACCAACUUUUACCACACUGCUUCCUGCUGUCCCAAGAGCUACACCAACAUACGUGACGAGGUUGCACGGCAGAAGAUUAGCGCAAGGAUCUCAGAUGAUAUUCUUGAGAGUCUUCCCCCAGAGGUUACCAGUGUCGAGGGUGCUGCUAUCUGUUUUCUUGGCGAUGAUGUGUUUGUGAUUGGUGGCUGGAGGAACAGUGAUGAUGUGGACAAACAGUAUCGCAAAGAGGCAUAUCGUUAUUGUGCUGAGCGCAAGCGCUGGAUGCUUCUGCCACCCAUGCCCCAGCCGCGCUGUCGUGCAACAGCAUGCCAUGUGCGCAUCCCCUACCGCUUUCUUUAUGGCUGCCAGCGCUACCCAAUGCCUCAGAACUUGGCACGGCAGCGGGACCGCAUGCAACAAAUGCAGCAGUUACAUCGACGCACAUUAACUCUACGGAGACAGCUGCAAUCACAAAUUGAAUGCUGAAUAUCAUUAAAGCCCCACUAGGGAGGAGCAAUAGACAAACUGCUGCUGAAAUUCAGAGAACAUUGUGUCAAAAGCAUUCCCUUGAUCCUGUUCUUGUUUCAUUUGAGUGUUUUGUUUCAUUUGUCUGUUGGGAAACAGACAAAGAUGUAUAAAAUUGUUAAAGAUGGUAAAGAGAAUAUUUUAAUGUUUGUUUAAUGGAAUCGUAUAAUUAGAGGAAAUCUUACAUUUUACAUUUACACUUAAAAUGUUGUUUUAUGACCUUGCAUGAAUUUGCCUUGACAAUAAUAUGCUGCAGCUGCUGAACAGCAGUAAUUUAGUCAUCAUUCAGUUUGAUAACUGUUGUGUUGGCUGAUUUUGUGUUGUAUUUUAUUAUUUUUUGUUAGAGUGGCGGGCAAUCACCAUUUAAGGGAUAGUUCACCCCAAAAUGAAUUGACUCUUAUCGAUCAUAAUUUACUAGCCCUCAAGUUGUUCCAAACUUGGUGCCCCAGAACUGUUUGGUUUCCCACAUUCUUCCAAAUAUCACCUUUAGUGUUUAACAGAACAAGAAAAGAAAGUUGAGGGCGAGUAUCUGAUGACCAGAAUUUUCAUUUUCGGGUGAACUAUACCUUUAAACAAAGCAACAAAUUAGCACUUGUAAAUCAGCACAGUUAAACCUCUUGCUUAUUUUCUUAACCUUUCCUUUAAGUUAUUGGACUCAAAUUGUGCUCCAUUAAUUUUUAUUAUUAAAUAUUAUUAUUAUUUAUUUAUUGUACCAGGAAUGCAAUAUGGUUGUAGUCAUUUGUAUUUCUUUGUGUCAUUUCUCAUAAAUACAUGCACCUAAUCUAGAUCUUACUGUUCUAAUUUUCUUUUCUAUUGUCUUCUUUGAAAGCUCAUGGAAUUACUAAGUCGUGUCAUACAUAAUUACCAAUUCAAAUUAUAAAGGAAUAGUUCUCCUUUUAAAGUUGUAAUGAUAUACUCACCCUUAGGCCAUCCGUUUUGUUUACCUCUUUGUUACAUUAAAAUCCUGCCAUAUUUGAUUUGAGUGGCAAUGAUUUAUUUAGUUUUUCCAAAUACAUUUAGCCCCGGUUUCACAGACAAGGCUUAAGACUAGUCCCAGACUAAAAUGAGUUUUGAGCUGUCUUAACUGAAAAUAACUUGCCCUGUCAUAUCUUAAAAUAUGGCAGUGCCAUUGUUUUGUCUCAAGAUGCACACCAAAUUUUUUUUUAUAAAAGCGACUUAAAUAGCCUAAAUUAAACUGGAUUAGGCUAAGCCUUGUCUAUGAAACCGGGCCUUAAAAUCUUAAAUGUUAUCUUAGACACCUCUGUUGUUUUCAUGAGAUAUUUAUAAUCCACUAUAGUCAUUUGAAUUGCUUUUAUGAUUGUAUGUGUUUUUCGGACAUUGAAAAAGCAAUGUAUUUGCUGUUACAAAGAUACUUUGGACAUUCUAUAUUCAUAAACUAAGUAUAAUGUCUUUCUGUACAUUUUAUGUGUGUCUUUAACUUGAUGUAAAACAGGGCUCGACAAUAAUGUCCUGGGGCAAGCAUGUGAGACAGAACUGAAGUGACAAAAUUGUCACUUGCGUAAUCGGGCCAGUGCUGUAUCAUAAUGAACGUUUAGAAUAUGCACGUUUUUAAGCCUUGCGAGAUACUGCAAGGCGACGCAAAAGAGAACUCUGUUCUCCCGGGCUGUUUGCGAGUCGCACCUCAGAAUAUUGAAUUAAGUUCGCUUUUGCGUCACCUUGCUCUUGAACAGACAUAUCCACACAAAAUGAUGUCGGAAUGCCCAUACUAGCAAGUAUCCUUGUAAAAGUAGUCCAUUAUGUUACCCUAAGUAAACAUAAACAGUUGGGAAACAAAACAAAUGUGUAACGAUAUAAAGUCUUAAAGGGACAGAAGCAUUAUGAACAUGUUUUUAAUGUUUCUGAAACAACAAAGGAUGAAGACGAAAACACUCACUGGCCAUGCCUGAUUAACUUUUAUAACUUUAAUAAGGUUUAAUAUCAAUUUAAUUUAUACAGUGAAGACUAGUAUGAAAUGUUAUUUUACUGUACAUUUGAUUACUUUCUUAAGUUUUUGUACCUGAUAACUACCUGCUAGACCAACCUGAAACACAUUAUUUAAUUUGUAUGUUUGCUUUAUUACAUAUAUCUGUGCAAUUGUUUGUAAUGAGAUUGUUUGUUCUUAUUUUAUUACUGACUGAUUAGUUGUCUUUGACAAUAGUUGACAUUUCUAUGAGUCGGGUUACUAGCUUUAUGGUAUCUUAACCUUAUUUAUUAAGAUUGCAUAGGUAAAAAUACAUAAACGAAUAACUAGACAAUAUUAUUUAUUUACGGCUUUAUUUGUGGUGGGGCCAGUGAAAAUUUGAACCAUUCCAUAGCCGUGUAAAAACAAGUGAACUGCAAAUGUACAUUCCUCAAUUUGAUUAAAAUAUUGCACACAUUUGACAGUAACUUAGCUCCACUCUGCAGAAAGCAAAUUUCUAUAUUGAAAUGUCUUUCAUUUCUUUCUACUUUAUCAGUCAUUUCUUUCCAGUCAUGCUAAUAUUCUAAAAUCCUAAUAGUCUUGUUAUACAUUUUUUGUGCCAUAAGUAAUAAUUAAUUUGAUUUCCUUGAAAGAUGCUUAUUACACUUUAUAAUGCAGUAGAAAUUAAACCAAUCAUUGCUGCUCAAGACCAGCUUAACAUUUUUACGUUUACUUGAUGAACACUGAGCCAUUAUUGCAUUAUUCCAUACCAAAGUAUUUCACAGUAUUCUUGAAUAAAAAUCCAGAUAGAAAUGGCUUUGGAUAAUGUAUAUUUUGACCUUUUCAUAGUUGUAUCAUACACAACAAACAAGAGUAUUUAGGCUCUGAUUUUCUUUUUCUGCUUUUGUCAUUGUCUUUCAAGAGAAAAUGUAGUAGAGCUAUUUUCUUUUGCAUGUGUUCUAAAGUAUUGUGGCUCUUGAAUGAAAAUUAAUAAAAGAAUACCUUGAUCAACAAA